UUGGGAGAAAACACGUCGUGGCGCCGACUGGAGGUGCCCCACCAAACACACCGUUAGGGGCUCACCUCAAACCAGGGGUAACAGAACCUCACACCUCCAUCGUUUUAAUCGGUGGUAAUACAUAAUCAAGAUAUUUUCUUCUGUCUGCGGUUCCAUUCAACUCACACUUCUUGCGAUUAUAGAGGCCGCGCAUCAUGGCCCGACGACAGAGGGGAGAUGACGCCUGGCUUGCGCCAAUUUCGAUUGACAUGCUUGUUCGCGUGGCAGUGACAACAGUCUUUCACCCUUUUGUCACAGCUCUCGUACCGCUCUGUCUCCGCGCCAGGACGUACCCGUGGUCCUCGACAUCCAUGAUCGUUUCCAUCGUGUGGGCGGCGUUCAUCUCAUUACUUUGGACCUUGUCCCUCAUCAAUCGGCGCAUCGCGUACGGUACCAAGCGCGAGGUUGACCUGAGCGAGGAGAUUGUAGUCAUCACAGGCGGAGCAGGUGGUCUGGGCGGUCUUCUGGCUGAGGUGUAUGGGAUGCGAGGGGCGAGCGUGGCUGUGUUGGAUGUGGCCGAUGCCAGCGACGGUGAAGCUCGUGGGAUAUCGUACUACAAGUGCGACGUGGGCGAUCAGGACGAACUGAGCAAAGUGGCGGCUCAAAUUGAGAAGGAUCUUGGCACACCUACCAUCCUGAUCAACAACGCAGCCGUCGUGCGCGGCAAGUCACUGCUGUCUAUGCAGCCCGCGGAAAUUGAGUCCUCGCUCAAGACUAAUCUACUAGCUCCGUUCCUCACGAUCCGUACCUUCUUGCCCGGCAUCAUCAGAAGCGCAACGGGGGGCACGAUUGUCAACAUCAGCUCCGUCAUUGGCACCCUAGGCGCAGCCCAGUUGACGGACUACGCGGCCGCCAAGGCUGGCAUCACGGCCUUGCACAAGUCACUGACAGCAGAGCUGAGAAACUCGCACCCGGAUGUCAAGUUAAUGCUGGUCACGCCAGGGCAGCUCACGACGCCCCUGUUCUAUGGCGUGGAGACGCCCAGCUCAUUCUUUGCGCCCGUGGUGGAGCCUGUCGACGUGGUCAAGGAGAUUGUGGCAGCGGUGGAAAGUGGGAAAGGGGGCAUGAUCGGAACACCGCUGUACGCGAGGUGGGUGGACUGGUACAAUGUCCUCCCAGUAGGCAUACAGGUGCUGGCGAGGUGGAUAGCUGGUGUCGACCGCGGAAUGCAGAAGUUCAAGGGUCGAGAGGGUAUGAAGAGCGACAAGGAGUUGUAGGCGCAGGCGCCUCACACUGCUUGGUAGCUUCCUGCUGACUGAAUACAGCGGUCCUCUUCUAGGUAACGAAAUAAUACAACUUAAAUCAAAUAAGUACAGUUUGGUUCCGACAUCUGUACUAUUAGCGGCCCGAGGCGUGUAUCCGCAUUCCCAGCCCAGGAGUUACUGUGCACACGAUAGACGUAACGCCACUUACAAUUAUUUACCAAGGUAGUAUGUAUAAGUCAG